UUUAUAUUGUUGCCAUAUGAUGAAUGGUGUUUUUUGUUGUGCAUAUUUAAUUAGGCCUGUUUAUAUAUUUUUUUUGAAUGGCGUUUUAGUGUUGUGCACAUCUAUAUAUUUUUGCCAUAUGAUGAAUGCGUUUUAUUGUGCAACUCUUAUAUUUUUCCAUAUGAUGAAUGGCGCUUUAUUGUUGAAAUAA